UGGGAAGGGGUUUGCCAAACAAAUUUAGACCAAAAAAUAUAUUUUCAAAAAAUUAAAAUUGCCAUUGAAAAAUAAAAAUUGUAACAUGAAAGAGAAGCUAGCUAGACCUUGUCAUUGAGUUUCGGUUAUAUAUAUAUAAGGUCCAUUAACUUGCCAUUAUGUAAAUGUUAGGACGUUUUAUUAAUAUUUAAAUAAUAAGGUUCAUAUUUAAGUUUCAAAAGAGAAUAUAGUAACAAAGAGAGAGAGAGAGAGAGAAGGAGAGAAAGAGAAUAGAAUCAUACAAACAAUUUUAUUCUUUCAUCUCCUAUGGUUUUAUUUAUUUUUCAUGAAGGAAAUUAAUGCAUUUGUAUUCUAAGGUUAUAAAGAGAUGAUGAUGAUGAAUGUGUUGAGUAAGAAGAACAAAAAUGUUAUGUUGUUUUGGUGGCUUGGAAUGAUUGUGCAACUAUGUUUCUUGCUAUGUGGUUGUUCUGAGAAAACUUCAUUAAGAGGAAGUUCAAAGAUUAUUAAUGGCAUGAGAUCAACAUCUAUAGUCAAGCUAAAUACAGAAGAAGACCAAAAGCAGUUGGUUGUUGAUAAUGGCAUUGUUUCUGUGACAUUAUCAAGACCCGAGGGGUACAUCCUUGGAAUAUCGUAUAAUGGAAUUGACAAUAUUCUUGAAUCUAAACUCGAAGAACAAGAUAGAGGGUACUUCGACGUUGUUUGGAAUGAACCAGAAAAGGUUGGUAAUUUCCAGAGAGUCCAUGGAACAAACUUUUCAGUUAUAGCAGCUGAUGAGAAUAUGGUGGAGCUUUCAUUUUUAAGAUCAUGGACAUCUUCCAUGAUGGGCAAGGAUGUCCCAAUAAACAUAGACAAAAGAUACAUUUUCAGAAGUGGUGAUUCUGGGUUUUAUUCAUACGUAAUCUUCGAUCGCCCGGAAGGAAUGCCCGCAGCUGAGGUUGAUCAAAUUAGAUAUGUUUACAAACUCGAUGAAGACAGAUUCAAGUACAUGGCAUUAUCUGAUACAAGGCAAAGAAGCAUGCCAUCAAUGAAAGAUAGAGAUACAGGUCAAGUCCUAGCUUACAAAGAAGCAGUUCUAUUAACUAAACCAAGUAACCCAGAAUUUAGAGGAGAGGUGGAUGAUAAAUAUCAAUACUCAUGUGAGAACACAGAUAACACUGUUCAUGGAUGGAUUAGUUUUGAUUCUUCUGAUGCACCCCCCAUUGGAUUUUGGAUGAUAACACCAAGUAAUGAGUUUCGCAAUGGUGGGCCCAAUAAGCAAGAUCUUACUUCUCAUGUUGGGCCCUACACACUCUCGAUGUUUGUGAGCACCCACUAUGCUGGCAAGGAAGUAACCAUGGCAUUUCAAGAUGGAGAGACUUAUAAAAAGGUUUUUGGUCCUGUAUUUGUCUACCUUAACACGGAUUCAAAAGAGAAUGAUAAACUAUCUCUCUGGUCAGAUGCUGUACAACAGUUGUCAAAGGAAGUCCAAAGUUGGCCUUAUGAUUUUGUUCAAUCACAAGAUUACUUUCCACCUAAUCAAAGGGGAGCUGUAUUUGGAAGAUUAUUAGUCCAAGAUAGGUACUUCAAAGGAGGAAGAUUUCAAUGUACAAAUGCUUAUUUGGGUCUAGCUUUGCCUGGAGAUGCAGGAUCAUGGCAGAGAGAAAGCAAGGGCUAUCAAUUCUGGACUCAAGCUAAUGCCAAAGGAUACUUUAAAAUAAAUAAUGUUGUGCCAGGUGAUUAUAAUUUGUAUGGGUGGGUCCCUGGAUUUAUUGGUGAUUACAAAUAUAAUGCUACAAUCACCAUCACCCCAGGAGGAAUCAUAAACUUAAGUUCACUUGUAUAUAAUCCUCCAAGAAAUGGACCAACCAUUUGGGAAAUUGGGAUCCCAGAUCGUUUAGCUUCGGAAUUUCAUGUACCUGAUCCGUACCCUAGUCUCAUGAACAAAUUAUACGUCGAACAACGCAAAGACAAGUUUAGACAAUACGGAUUGUGGGAACGUUACACUGAUAUGUAUCCAGAUGAUGAUCUUGUUUACACUGUGGGUGUUAACAAGAAUAGGGAUUGGUUUUAUGCUCAAGUCACAAGAAGCACAGAAAAUAAGACAUAUGAGCCAACAACAUGGCAGAUUGUAUUUGAUCAUCAACAUGACAUAAUCAGUGGAAACUACACACUACAACUAGCCUUAGCUAGUGCUGCUGAUGCUGACCUACAGGUUCGGUUCAAUGACCCUAGCAUAUAUCCACCGCACUUUGCGACAGGGCACAUAGGAGGAGACAAUGCCAUAGCAAGGCAUGGAAUUCAUGGAUUGUAUUGGUUGUUCACCAUUGAUGUACCAAGUAAUCUUCUUGUGAAAGGACAGAACAUCAUCUAUCUGAGACAAUCAAAAGCCAUUAACCAAUUUCAAGGAGUUAUGUAUGAUUAUAUCCGUUUAGAACAUCCACCAACAACUUGAUUGUGUUCAACUUCAUGUUGGCACUAUGUAUAGACAAUUAGCCAUCUAUAAUGUGAUUAUGCUUUGUGCAAUUCAAUUAGUUUUUCAUUUUACAUAUAUAGGACAACAUAAGUAUGUAGAAAGAAUUGGUUUAUAGAAUAAAUUACUCAUUUAAAAUCUCAA